CCUGCAGGGGCCGCCGUGGCGCUGAAAGCGGAGAGCCGGAGCGUCAUUUCCGAGCGCUCCCCUCUCCUCCUUCCUUUCUCUUUCCAGCCGCGAUGUCUAAGAGAGGACGUGGUGGAGCAUCUGGAGCCAAGUUCCGCAUCUCACUGGGUCUCCCAGUGGGAGCGGUCAUCAACUGUGCUGACAACACAGGUGCCAAGAACCUGUACAUCAUCUCCGUCAAAGGUAUCAAGGGUCGUCUGAACAGGCUCCCUGCUGCAGGUGUUGGUGACAUGGUUAUGGCCACUGUGAAGAAAGGCAAACCAGAGCUCAAGAAAAAGGUGCAUCCUGCGGUGGUGAUUCGACAGCGGAAGUCGUACCGGCGAAAAGAUGGUGUGUUCUUAUACUUUGAAGACAAUGCGGGGGUCAUAGUGAAUAACAAGGGUGAAAUGAAAGGCUCUGCGAUCACAGGACCCGUGGCCAAGGAGUGUGCAGAUCUGUGGCCCAGGAUUGCUUCAAAUGCUGGGAGCAUUGCCUAAAUUACAGCUUGGCUCCAUAUUUUCAAUAAAAUAUUGAUAAAAAUUGAUAAAGGCUAA